AUGGAAGAACAACCUUCUCCAGAGGAAGACAAAUCUCCAGAGUUGCAACUCUUAACUCCGGUAGAUGUUGUGAAAGAGUCACCGUAUCCCACAAAAGAUAUGCAUCCAGAAGAUACACCAUCGCCUCCAGAAGAUUUACCUCCAGAGGAAACGACAUCACUACCAGAGGAAACGUCAUCACCUCCUGAAAAGAUAAUAUCACCUCCUGAACCGAUCCCACCACCACCAUCAAUAAACACACUUCCUAUUUCAUCUCACCACGACUACGAUACCCUGUAUCCGGAGCAAGAAGGACCCCGAGUUGAACAAGAGAGUGGUAUUGAAGACGAAGAGUUUGUGGAUGCUGAGGAGGAACUCUCUAAAUCUCACACAUAUAGUCCUGUAGAGGAAGAGAAAGCAGGGUUAGACGAGCUCCUAGAGCCUGCUAAGACUGAGGAACACCCGAUCCCAAUUGUUCUUGAUAUUCCGGCGGACCCAGCAACCACUUCACCUACUUCAACUCUUGUUGACAAAGCUGCUGGUGAAGCUACUCUAAAACUCAUUGGUGAUUAUGAUGAUAUCGACAAGACAUUGAACCAGGAGAAAUCACCCGAACCAUCGAAAUCAAUGUUUGAUAAAAUCAGAGAAUUCUUUGACGAACCGAAGGAACCAGACCAAGAUAACUAUGCUCCAAUCAGUAUCACCACCUCCAAGUGCUCGGUUUGUCAGGGGCUCCAUAAAAGUGGGAGCAGUGGAUCAACACCUCAUGACCACGAGUUCUCGAUCUACGGACCGCUAACUGUUGAUGGGAGUCCUGACUCCAAUGGUUCCUUCUGUCCAAUCUGUCAGACUCGAGCUGAACACGAUCAAGCAGUGAAGUCUAACACUCAUGGAUAA